GUGCGCCGCGCCCCUCCGGGAUGCGCUGCCCCCUUCGGAUGUGACAGCCAGACCCGGCCGCCUGGGCUCGGGGUGCUGGGGCGGGGGAGUCUGAGCGUCUCUCUGGGGGGGCUCCAUGGCCUCCCCACCGGCCUGCGCCGCCCCCCCGGCUCUCCCCUCUUCCCCCGGGACCUCGGGAGGCUGCCUGGCAGCCCCGGAGCCCGCGCCGCUGGCGCCUGGGUCCUGCGCCGCUUGCCAAGGGGUCUCGUUCCAUCUCCAGAUCGGGCUGACCCGGGAGUUCGUCCUGCUCCCUGCGGCCUCGGACCUGGCUCAUGUCAAGCAGCUGGCGUGCUCCAUAGUGGAUCAGAAGUUCCCAGAGUGCGGCUUCUACGGGCUCUAUGACAAGAUCCUGCUCUUCAAACAUGACCUGUCAUCUGCCAACAUCCUGCAGCUGGUGCGGGUGGCUGGAGACAUCCAGGAGGGGGACUUGGUGGAGGUGGUGCUCUCAGCCUCGGCCACCUUUGAGGAUUUCCGGAUACGUCCGCACGCCCUGAACGUGCAUUCGUACCGCGCCCCGGCCUUCUGCGACCACUGCGGGGAAAUGCUCUUCGGCCUGGUGCGCCAGGGCCUCAAGUGUGACGGUUGUGGCCUGAACUACCACAAGCGCUGCGCCUUCAACAUCCCUAACAACUGCAGCGGAGCCCGCAAGCGCCGCCUCUCGGCCACCUCGCUGGCUACCUCGCAGUCCCUGCGUCUCGCCACCUCCGAGUCACUGCCCUGCGCCCCCGAUGAGCUGAGCCGGAGCUCCAUGGAGACCUUGCCCCGCCGGCUCACCAGCACCUCCUACAUCGGGCGCCCCAUCGAGCUGGACAAGCUGUUCCUCUCCAAGGUCAAAGUGCCUCACACCUUCCUCAUCCACUCGUACACCCGCCCCACCGUCUGCCAGUUCUGUAAGAAGCUGCUCAAGGGGCUCUUCCGCCAGGGCCUGCAGUGCAAAGACUGCAAGUUUAACUGCCACAAGCGCUGUGCCACCCGGGUGCCCAAUGACUGCCUGGGCGAGACACUCUUCAAUGGCGGGGAUGUGCCCAUGGAAGACGCCAGCGACCUGAGCGACGCCGACAAGAACUCACUGAUGGAUGAAUCGGACGACUCGGGCAUUAUCCCCGGCUCCCACUCGGAGAACGAGCUCCACGGAGGGGACGACCCCGAUGACGACACCAGCAAAUCCCAGGGCUCCAUGGGCUACAUUCCGCUGAUGCGGGUGGUGCAGUCGGUGCGGCACACAACCCGGAGGUCGAGCACAGCGCUGAAGGAAGGCUGGGUGGUUCACUAUAGCAGCAAAGACACCCUGAGGAAGCGUCAUUACUGGCGGCUGGAUUGCAAGUGUAUCACGCUCUUCCAGAACAACACCUCCAGCCGCUACUACAAGGAAAUCCCGCUGUCUGAGAUCCUGGCGGUGGAGCCGGCCCAGACCUUCGCCCUGGUGCCGCCGAGUGGCAACCCGCACUGCUUCGAGAUCGUCACGGCCAACGCCACCUACUAUGUCGGGGAGAACUGCGCCCCGGCCCCGUCCACUGCCAGCCAGCAGCACAGCGGGGUUGGGCUGGAAGUGGCCAUGGCCUGGGAGAGCGCCAUCCGCCAGGCCCUCAUGCCCGUCAUUCUGCAGGAUGCUCCCAAUCCUCAGGGACAGGCUCCCCACAGGCAGGCAUCGCUCAGGAUCUCCGUGUCCAACAGCCAGAUCCAGGAGAAUAUGGACAUAGCCACAGUUUACCAGAUCUUCCCGGACGAGGUCCUGGGCUCAGGGCAGUUUGGAAUUGUCUAUGGAGGGAAGCACCGUAAGUCAGGCCGGGACGUGGCAGUGAAGGUGAUCGACAAGCUGCGUUUCCCCACGAAGCAGGAGAGCCAGCUGCGUAACGAGGUGGCCAUCCUGCAGAGCCUCCGCCACGCAGGCAUAGUGAACCUGGAGUGCAUGUUCGAGACGCCCGAGAAGGUGUUUGUGGUGAUGGAGAAGCUCCACGGGGACAUGCUGGAGAUGAUCCUGUCCUCGGAGAAGGGCCGGCUGCCCGAGAGGCUCACCAAAUUCCUCAUCACCCAGAUCCUGGUGGCCCUGCGGCACCUGCACUUCAAGAACAUCGUCCACUGCGACCUGAAACCGGAGAACGUGCUACUGGCCUCUGCCGAGCCUUUCCCCCAGGUGAAGCUGUGUGAUUUCGGGUUUGCCCGCAUCAUCGGCGAGAAGUCAUUUCGGCGCUCGGUGGUGGGCACCCCGGCCUACCUGGCCCCCGAGGUGCUGCUGAACCAGGGCUACAACCGCUCGCUGGACAUGUGGUCCGUGGGUGUCAUCAUGUACGUCAGCUUGAGCGGCACCUUCCCCUUCAACGAGGACGAGGACAUCAACGACCAGAUCCAGAAUGCUGCUUUCAUGUACCCGCCCCACCCCUGGCGCCAGAUCUCGGCCGGAGCCAUCGACCUGAUCAACAACCUGCUCCAGGUAAAGAUGAGGAAGCGCUACAGCGUGGACAAGUCCCUGAGUCACCCUUGGCUCCAGGAUUACCAGACGUGGCUGGACCUACGGGAGCUGGAGACCAAGAUGGCCGAGCGCUACAUCACCCACGAGAGCGACGACGCCCGCUGGGAGCAGUUCGCCGCCGACCACACCCUGCCCUACCCCUGCCCACCUGCGGGCCCCCCGGGGGCCGCCCCCCGAGGAGGAGGAGGAGGAGGGGGAGGGGGAGCUGCAGGGGCUGACAGAGAGGGUCAGCAUUCUGUGAGCCUGGCCCCCGCACCCCGUGGCAGAGAGAAGACCCCCCCCCUGCUCCAGUUGAGGGGGAGGGACAAGACGGACCCCCGGGGAUGGGGUGAAGGACACCCCUGCCCCUGCUUUGUGUGGCGGGGACGUGGCUCCCCCUGCUGGCACCAGAGCAGACAGGACGGCUCCCUUUUCCCAACUGGUGCAUUGUGAAGAACAGCCCCCGCCUGCCUACCUGCACGCCCCCCCCGCCCACGGGGGCCACCCUCAGGAGCCCCCGAGCAGGUGCCCCUAGGGCUGAGGAGAGGCAGGUGGGAGCCCGGGGAUGGGCUGGGGGCCCCAGGACAUGGCGAGGGGCCUAGGCAGGGCGUGACGCCUGGCACAGCUGCUGAUGUUGCUUGGCGCCCAUCUGGACGGCCCUCGGCUCCCGUGGCACCCCGGCCGGUGCGAGAAUGGAAUAGAAGAGGAUGGGGUGAGAGGCCCCAGGGCCUCAAGGAGGGGAAGUGGGUGGGGGCCUGGCGCUGUGAUCGGGGGCUGAGGGCAUGAGGGGGGUGGAGUCCCAGGUGCAUGUCAGGGACCUGGGGUUGGCUCAGGGGUCCCAGUGAGGUAGUUGAGGAGUGGGGGGAGGAUGCACCAUGUACUAGGCUCCCAUGGUUAGGACAGGAGGGUGUCCCAAGGGCAUGGGGUUGGUGUUAGGGGCCUGGAUUAUGGGUGAAGACUUUUGAGGACAUAGGGAACCCUCCCUGCACCCACUUUCCCUGGUGCAUCACUCUGGGAGCAAAAAGGGGGGUCUCCAUUUGGGGGAGCACAGAAGGAGCUGAGCCUUUCCCCUCUUGUCUUCAGCGGGAUAGAGGGGAGAAGCAUCCAUCCUCCCCCACCCCAAACCCCUGCUGGCUCCAAGCCAUCUCGGCCAGACUGAAGCCGCCCUAGGCCGAGCCUUCUGGAUCUUGAUGCCCUGCUCCGCAUGUGGCCUGCGUGGCCAUGUGCAUCCUGGCCCGUGCACACACGUGUUCACGGCGGAGCCAGGGGAUGGGCGAGUAACUGACGAGGCCCAUGGAGCUCUGACUGAUCUACACCACCCUCCGGUGGAUGCUCAUACAGGGACGUGUGUGUAUAAAUAAAUAGUGAACAGAACCUGA